AUGUAAGAAGACUCAAAUUAUACCUUAGAAACAAAUGAGAGUAGAACCGAAAUAAAAUUUGAACAAGAUGAGAAAAUUAUAGUUAUUGUAAUCAAUCCUUCAAAGAUUGAAUCACAAUUUUAAGAUUAUUUUUAAUAGAUGAAAAAAAUUGUUAUAAAGUACCUAGAUAUGAAUUAAGAUACUUGUUUGGAAAUUAAGUAUAGUAGAAAAAAAUUAAAAAUUUCUUCUGGUUCAAUUACAGAAAUGCACAAUGAUUAAAGAAUUGUGAUGUUUACAAAUUAAUUAGGACAGUUAAUGGAUACCCAAGGAAUAUGGGCACAUUUGAAUAAAGCAAACUGCUCUUUGAAUAUUGGAUACGGAGAACCUAGAUUUGAAACUUAGAUAAUUACUCGUACCAUGAAUCAAGUAAUGGUACGAAUAAAAUCAAUUAAUGGUACGAAUAAAAUCAAUUACUAAAAUUGCAAUUAAUGUUAUUCCAUAUAGUGAAAAUAUCAAUUUCAAAAAAAUCUUCAAUUUCAUUGCGUUUAAUGAAGCAGUUCAAAUUCAUAGUAAAGAUUAUUUUAUUUACAAACUAAGUCCUGUUAUUUCAAAAAAUUGUAACAAUAUCAUUGAUUUGCAUAAUGGUUCAUAACCCAUAAAUUUAGCUUCAGAGAUAAACAACUUAUUUUAAUCAGUAAAGAAAAUUGAAUUGCAUGAGAUUGAAUAGAAAGAGUCACCUUACUAUGAAUAAAAAGGGGCUAAAUUAUCAUUAGGUUACUUAAUUCAUCAUAGUGUUACACAUAAUGGAUGCAAAUUGAACGAAAUACUGAAAAGGAAAUAAGAAAAUGCUAAAUUAAAGGGGUUAGAUCCUUUUAUGACAUACCUAAGAUUGGGAUUAGGCCAUUAUAAUAAAUAUUCUGCAGGACAUUAAUAUGUGUUAGAAAUUUGGCCAUUUAAACACUAUUCAACGAUUCAUGAUCACGCUGGAUAGUAUGGAAUAGUUAAAGUUUUAUAAGGAGUAAUUGAUGUAAAAAUUUAUGCAAUUUUAUCAAAUGCAAGACAUUUGAUGAAUCCUAUAUUACAUCUAACAUGUAAUAAGAAUGAUAUGACAUGGGUUUCACCUAAACUAAAUUAGGUUCACUAACUUAAAAAUUUCUAUCCAUAAACAGCAAUUACAUUACAAUGUUAUAAAUACCCUAAACAAUCAUAAAACAAUAACAGGGAGAUGGCAUUUGUUGCAAAAGAUCAAUAUCUAAAUUUUACCCCUUUAUCAGAUUUUCCAGAUAUAGAAUUGGAUAUUAUUUUUAGAGAAUUAGUUGAAGAGUAUUCUAAUUAUUAUAAAAUACUAUGA